AUGUCAACACAUCCGCAGUACCUGUUCAACGCCAAGCAAUCUUGUUGCGAUCCGAAAAUGAGGAAAUACGAGGCGAUACAAGAAUUCAAGAUGAAUGUGACAAAGCCUCAGGUGACAAAGCCUCAGUUCCUCUAUGGGUCCAUUUAUACACAAUGGUCGAGGUUCCUUCCGAGCUGGAAAUCAAACCAGGAGCUCUUUGUUGGUAUCGAUCUGGUCAGAAUGAUGCUCUUGGAGGAGAAGGUCAGAAUGAUGCUCCUGGAAGAGAAUGACGGCGGUGAUGUAUUCAAUAGUGCUGAUAGGUUCUUAGCCAACAUGACAGUCUUGAGUAAUGCCAUAGCCCAAGACCCAUUCAAUUAUAUCAUCCUAGGUACUAUCCGUGCAGGGCUGUGUGACAUGGUACCUACGAUGGCACUUCCUGCCGUCACUUAG